GGUGGUCCAGUCAGUAUUAGAUGGCAGGGUGGAGGGAGUGGGCGGGGCCGAGAUGAGUGCUGACCCGCUAUUGGAGGAGACCCUGAUGAAGCGGUCUCAGCAGAAGAGGAUAACAUCGCCGCUGAACUACAAGGAGAGAGUGUUUGUUCUCACUAAGACCAAGCUCACAUACUAUGAGUUCAGAGCCGAGAAGAAGUUUAAGAAGGGGUCCAUCGACCUGCAGAAAGUCAGGUGUGUGGAGAUUGUGAAGAGUGGAGGAGGAGUCAUACCCUGUCAGAACAAAUACCCCUUCCAAGUGGUGCAUGACUCCAGUACUCUCUACGUAUUCUCUCCUAGCCCUGAGAGUAGGAACAUCUGGGUCCAAAUUAUCAAGGAAGGUCAGUUACUAGCCAUUUUUACAUCCUCUAGUUAUGUUAUGCUAUGCUAUAAACACUCUCUGUUGUU